CAAGUGGGAGUGGUGAUGGAGGAGGAGCAGAAGUUGAAAAGCUGUACAUGGAAGGACAGGUUAUUCAGAAGUUUGAAUGUCAACCAGUGGUGGAUAGGUAUUAUAUGAAUCAGAAGAAGGCUGCUGUCAUCAAAGCAGCACAGCCAAACAGGAAAGCUGGUUUCAUUGAUAGGCCUGUGAAUUCCUACAGACCAACUGCAAAACAUGCGCAUACAGUUGAACUUGAAGAAAGAAAGAAACAAGAGGGUAAGAAAGCAAGGGAUGAUAAAGAGAGAGUUAUGGAGAUGUUGUUUACUGCCUUUGAAAAACAUCAGUAUUACAAUAUCAAGGACUUGCAAAAGCUUACUCGUCAACCCAUUACAUAUUUGAAGGAGAUUCUAAAGGAAGUCUGUGACUACAAUGUGAAGAAUCCUCAUAAGAAUACAUGGGAACUUAAACCAGAAUACCGGCACUAUAAGAGAGAUGAAGCAGAAGCUGCAGAUGAUCCUGGUAGUGAUUAACAAACAUGUUUGUUUUUAGUUUUGUUUAUAUUGAUGACCUUAUUAUGAAUCUUAGGGACAGGCCUGUUUAGUAUCUACCUUUUAUAUGUGUUUGUACCAAACUCCAAGUUAUAUUAGAAGGGUUUAAUUGGUUAAUGUAUAACUAUGCACAUAUAAAGGUAUUGUAAUUCUGUGAUAAACAGGUUGCCGUGGUCUUCUGUAUUACAUUUAUUUCUCAUAUUUUACUUUUAAGUAAUUUUUGUCAGUUUUGUCACACGAUCAGUUUCAAUAUUUGUUACAAUUCUGGAAAGAACUGUUAUAUACCAACUUGUGUUUAGUAAUUAUAUAAUGGAAUGGAAAAAUAAAAUCACAAACUUUUGUA